GCAAAUCAAAUUUGAUGGACGCCAUCAGCUUUGUUAUGGGUGAGAAAACAUCAAAUCUGCGAUCUAAACGUCUUGGGGAUCUGAUACAUGGAGCACCAAUAGGCAAACCUGCAUCCACCAGAGCUUCUGUGACUGCUGUUUAUGUGGAAGAGGACACUGGCAGGGAGAUAAACUUUCAGAGAAUGAUCAUCAACAACACAUCUGAGUAUAGGAUUGAUGGCCAUACUGUAACAGCUCUCCAGUAUACAGAGGCUUUAGAAAGAAUUGGUGUUCUUAUCAAAGCCAAAAACUUCCUGGUGUUUCAAGGGACUGUUGAGAGUAUUGCGAUGAAGAACGCCAAGGAAAGAACCGCCAUGUUUGAAGAUAUUUGCAAGUCUGGUGAAAUGAAAGAGGAAUAUGAAAGAGCUAAAGCUGAAAUGUUGAAAGCAGAAGAGGACACUCAGUUUAACCUGAACAAGAAAAAGGGCAUUGCAGCAGAGAGAAAGGAGGCACGGCUGGAAAAGGAAGAAGCAGAGCGCUACCAGAGAUUAACAGAACAAUUGGUUGAGAAACAGCUGGAGCUGGCUCUGUUCAAACUGUUUCACAAUGAACGAGAGAUUGAAGAAAUUACUGAUGAACUGUCAAAGAAGAAUAGGAUUUUGGAAAAGGAAAACAAACGGCGAGAGAAGAUUGAGGCUGAAAUCAAAGAAAAGAAAAAAGAACAAGGAACCAUCAGCAGAGAAUUGGCAAAACUUGAUCAACAGAUUAAAGAGUCUGAAACAGCUUUGAAUAAAAAAAGACCACAGUACAUCAAAGCUAAAGAGCAGACUUCACAUAUGACCAAAAAACUGGAUGCUGCAAAGAAGUCUCUAAAGCAAGCUAUCAAGAAACAUGAGAACCACAAUCAGACCGUGGCAGAAAUCCAGGAACAACUGGAUGAGGUCAUGCACAAGCAGCAAGCUUUUGAAGCUGAGCUGGAGGAGGAGUCCCAGUCCCAGGGGAGGUCACUGCAGCUGGAAGAGAGUCAGGUUCAACAGUACAAUAGACUAAAAGAAGAGGCAGGCAGAAGAGCAGCCGAAUACAUGCAGGAGCUAGAUGCUAUCAUCCGAGAUCAGAAAAUGGAUCAAGACAGACUUGACAAUUGUCUGAGAGACAUUGCAACAUAUGAGGCUAAACUCAAACAGAAACAGCAUGAGUUGGAGGAAAACAAAAACCGAGUUGCUAAACUAGAGGAUUAUAUCACAACAAGCCGUGCUGCCCUGGAAGAUCAGAAGAAAGUGGAGCAGGAGCUAGCCAGGGAAGUGAAUGAGUCAACUGUGAGGAUAGAGGAGAUCAACAGGGAGCUGGAGAGUAUCAUUUCUCAGCUGGGGGAAGCCAAGGUGGACAGGCAAGAGUCAUCCCGUGCCACCAGGAAAGCUGAGCUCAUUGAUACUCUCAAGCGGCUGUAUCCUGGAGUGCAUGGUCGCCUCAUUGAUCUAUGUGAACCAAGUCAUAAGAAGUACCAAGUUGCAAUCACCAAAGUGUUGGGCAAGCAUAUGGACUCGAUUGUUUGCGACACUGAGAAAACUGCCAAAGACUGCAUACAGUACAUGAAAGAGCAGAGAAUUGAACCAGAGACCUUUCUACCCCUGGACUACCUUGAAGUGGGGCAGAUCAAUGAGAAACUGAGAGACAUCCGUGACCCUAAAAAUGUGAAGCUUGUCAUUGAUGUCAUUCACUAUGAUCCUCCUGUUAUCAAGAAAGCCCUGCUGUUUGCCUGUGGCAAUGCACUGGUGUGUGAGACUGUGGAGGAUGCCAGGCGUGUUGCCUUUGGAGGAGUAGAGAGGCAGAGAUCAGUUGCUCUUGAUGGCACAAUAUUCAACAAGUCUGGGAUCAUCUCUGGAGGUGCUAGUGAUCUGAAAGCCAAAGCCAGGCGUUGGGAUGAGAAGAGUUUGAGCCAGUUAAAGGCUAAAAAGGAGAGGCUGAUGGAGGAACUCAAAGAGCAGCAGAAGAGAAAGCGCAAGGAAUCUGAACUAAACACCAUCAGAUCUCAGAUCAAGGGUCUGGAAACUCGUCUCAAGUACAGUGUUACUGACUUGGAAAAUACAUUAGGCUUUUACAUUUCUCAUUCUAACCAAAAUGUUGUAGCUCAUGCAUUGUCUUUCCAUCCCGAACAGCAGAAAUACGAGAGGAGCAUUGAUGCACGAGAAGUGGAUAUCAAACAGCUGAGGGACGAAAUGAAUCGUGUGGAAGAUGCUGUCUUUAGUGAUUUUUGCGCUGUUAUUGGUGUUCCCAAUAUCAGACAUUAUGAAGAAAGAGAGCUGAGAGCACAGCAGGAGAGGGCCAGAAAACGAAUGGAGUUUGAAAAUCUCAGACACAAACUGGAGAACCAGUUAGAAUGUGAGAGAUCUCAAGAUACUGAAGAAAUUGUGAAGAAAUGGCAAGAGACAGUUGAGCACAAUGAGCAGGAGGUGGAGAAAGUCAAGGAUGAAGAAGCCAGGCAGAUGCAGAUCAUCGAGGAAGAGAUGCAGAGACAAGAGAAGCUGAAACAGAAUAAGCUGACCUUCAAGUCACAGGUAGAUGACAUGGAGGCAGAGAUCAAUGAUGUCCGCAAACGACUGACCGUCCAGCAGAAAGAAAUAGCAGCAGUGCAGAAAGCUAUCAACGCUCUCGAAGUGAAGCUUGAGCAGAAGCGCGCUGACAGGCAUAGUUUGUUGAAGAGUUGUAAGUGCCCUAUGACCCGAGGCUCCAUCGAGGAUAUCUCCCAGGAAGGGGACGGUGAUGAACACCAGGACAGCCAAGGAACCAAGGCAAUUUAUGAAAGAGAGGCAGCAUUGGAAAUAGACUAUUCCUCACUAAAUGAAGAAUAUAAAGAGCUGGAUUCAGGGGAUGAAGUGAAGUCAGCACUAGAAACCAUGUCUAAAGCAGUUUCAGAUUUGCAAACCACAAUACAAAAGAUAAAUGCUCCCAACAUGAGAGCAAUGGAAAAGUUGGAUGGUGUCAAAGAGAGGUUCCAGGAAACAUCAGAAGAAUUUGAGAACGCAAGAAGGAGAGCAAAAUCUGCAAAGACAGCAUUUGAAAGAAUUCGCAAGAAACGUUACGACACUUUCAUGCACUGUUUUGAACAUGUCUCCACAAAAAUAGAUGAGAUUUACAAGUCACUGGCCAGAAAUCAGUCAGCCCAGGCAUUUUUAGGUCCGGAGAACCCAGAGGAGCCAUACCUGGAUGGAAUCAACUACAACUGUGUAGCUCCAGGAAAGAGGUUCCGACCCAUGGACAAUCUGUCUGGUGGUGAGAAGACUGUUGCUGCACUGGCACUUCUGUUUUCUAUCAACAGUUACCAGCAGUCACCAUUCUUUGUGCUGGAUGAAAUUGAUGCAGCUUUGGACAACACAAACAUUGGCAAGGUUGCAGCCUAUAUUCGGGAACAGUCAGAAAAAAAUUUCCAGUGCAUAGUGAUCUCUCUAAAGGAGGAGUUUUACAACCGGGCUGAUGCACUUAUUGGUAUUUUCCCAGAGCAAGGAGACUGUGUCAUCAGCAACAGCCUAACCCUUGACCUCACAGAAUACCCAGACCCACACGCACACGAGCAUGAUGUGCAGUAUUUCCCACGAUAA